GAGGAGCCUGAAACUAAAACUGGGCCUGACGCUGAACGUAAACAAGGUUCAGAACCUGAAGGGGAAGCGUCUGAUCCGGAACUCGAAUCAGAGUCUGAAGGAGAAGAUUCUCAUCCUGAGCCAGAGCUUAACUCUGAAAAUGAAUCAAAUUCUGAACUUGAAAGCGAGUCAGAGCUUGGGGAUUCAGAGCCUGGAACUGACUUAAAACUUGAAGCCGGGUAUGAACCUCAACACGAGAAGCCUAAACUUGAAGCAGGGUGUCAACCUCAGCAAGAAUCCCAAUCUGAGCUCAGUCACUAUGCGAUGGAUAAACGUCCACGUGGAAUUUGCCUCCUCAUAAACAAUGCAACAAAUUUGCCGCACGUAGAAGAACAAGUCCUCGAUUUUUUCAGUCUCCUGGCGUUUGAAGUGCAAGUCAGACGAGGUCUUCACAAAUAUCAAGUUUAUAAAGUUGCCCACCAAUUUGCCAGAAUGAAUCACAACCAAUUCAACUUGUUUGUGUGCGUUCUCAUGUCCGUUUGCGAGCAAGACCAGGAAUUCUGUGAUGUCGAUGGAAAGAAGGUCGCCAUUGAAGACUUGAUGUCAGAGUACAAACCUUCUGUCCAUUCCUCAUUGACGAAUAAACCUAAACUGUUUUUCGUCAUGAAAUUCACGACGCAGCGCUCCAAACUGAGGAAAAUUCGUUCAAUACUGAUAGAUGGCUCAACAACCAAAGAUGAAACACCAUAUUCUCCCUGUGACGCGUUUGAAGAGACCUGUCCCAAGGAAGCCGAUUUCCUCUUAUAUUCUGUUACCUCUAUUGUUGAUGAAGAAAUGCAGGAUCCACAAUCAUCGUUUAUUCAAGUAAGACUUUUUUAUAAUUUCUUGAAUUAAUUUACUUUUAGAGCAAAACCUAACGAGAAAUCUUAAGUUUGUUUCUUUGGAUGCAAGGUACAUAUUCUGUUAUCUUUAUCGCAAUAGUUUGAUUUAUCUCAAUAGCUAUAGUAUUAAUUGUAAUUUUUUAUUGUUCUUUUCGUCCAUGACUCAGACUGAAACCUUCCUAGGACUUACAACAUCUUUCUUAGAAUAUGAGCCAAUCCAAGAAAAGCAUAUUUUUGCACUGUUUUGUAAUGUCUGGUAUCUCCAUUAUGUUCUAAGUAUUAAUCCUUAAACUUCUCUGUCACCGAUCGCAUAAGAUUGAUUAUGAUUGAGUAAAUCUGUUGACAUUUUGAAGAAUCGAUUCAAAACCUACCUUUUAAAAGUGGCUUUCAACUUCUUAUUAAUUUUCUUUAAAUUUUAACCUUUAAACUUUUAAUUAUUUGCCCUUAUUUAUACUUAUUGAUACUUUAAUUUUUACUUUCGUAUAAUUAUACUAUAUUUACCGGUUUUUAUUAUAAAGCGCCAUGAUAAUGGCGCUUUAUAAGUCUUUUAAAACUGUGAAAGGUUUGUCUUAUUAUCGUUAUUGUUAUUAUUAUAACUAUAGCAAAGGUGAUGUUUUCACAUCUGAAGAUAUCAUUGUGUCACCCGAAAGCUCGCUUCGUAUUUCAUUGGUGUUUAUGUAGUGGUCGUUUUCUUCCACGAUCAAGGUACCGCAAACGUCUGAUUUGCUCAAGUUCUUGAGUACCAGACUGUGAAGCAGCAGGCCCGGGUUCACUUGCAAAUGGUUAGACUUUCUUGUCCUCUCAGAUAAGGACGAAAAGUGACAACUCGAACUUCGGAUCUAGAGUUACGGGUUCAAGCCCGUUGCCGUCGCGUUGUUUUCCUAGACUGUAAACUUUGCUCCACUUUGUCUCUCUUCACUCAGGUGUAUAAAUGGGUGCCUUGACAUAUAGCGGUGGGGGUAACCAGCCUGCAAUGGACUAGCAUCCCAUGUAGUGGGAGUAGCAAUACUUCUAGUCGCCUAUGUUACUACAGUAACCGGUAAUUAGGACCGGCCUAAUGGUUCACUUGGCUCGAACGCAGACUCCCUUUUUUUAUCGCAGUACAUACACUUUAUCUGACUUUGUGAGACUUAAAAGAAUCAGUGAGGACGUAAAAAAUCUUUGGCAGUGACCGUCACUGGUAGGGGGCAUUUACAACUGAAUACUUCGUUCACUGUUUAGUGCAUGCGCGAGAAGCAGGCUGGCAAAUUCCCCGACCAGUGAUUUUAAGUCUUUGAUUUUAGUUUAUUCCCUGGUCGCCUUUCAGGACCAGCCUAGUCUCAGAUUGGUUAAAAUUUUGACAGAUAAAUUCAUACGUAAAAACUAAUGCAGCAUCUAGGAAUUUGUUUAACGACCACUAAAGGUUUUGGUAAUUUUAUUUAAGUUCUUAUCUUUUCGUGUUUUUCUCCACUGCUUUCACAAAUGAAAUGUCAUCUUGACUAGUAAAUAUUUAUAUCACCCGGGGUCCGGCCCACUGACUUGUAAUAUUUCAGUUCAUUGUUUUGUGGCGAUACUUGUAGGAGUUUGAAUUGACGAGCGAUUGUCAGAGAUUUCUGUAUCCAUCAAGGAUGGGUCUGUAUAGUCGAUUCACCAACUUUUCAGGGGCACCCAACGAGAAUAUAGUCCAAAACCAAAUAAACAUAGCAUUGUUGAACGUACUUUAGUAUUUAAACGGUAGAUAAAGGCUUAUUUUUAUCCCCUAGAAAUUUUUCAUCUGUUCGGAUUUCCUAGCUGAAAGUAUAGCGAUCCGAAAAUUAUAGGGAUCAAAAUUUACCUUUUCGAAAAUUUCAGCCAGAAAAAAGGCUCCCGAAAAUUCUAGGUGACCUUUUUAGGGUAAAAAUUUGUUAAAAAUGGGCAAUUAUACGAUUUUUAUGAUAUUCGAAAAUCCAAGGAGAGGCAGGCAAGCAAGAAAUUUUUCAGAAAAUGAUCCGAAAAUUCUAGAUCUCAAAAUGUCUUCCCAACAGAUAAUUUUCCGAAAAUUGUCGUUGGGUGCCCCUGACUUUUGUCAGCGCUGGUUAAAUUGAUAUGUUAUUUUCCUUCUACUGUAGAAUCCCUGCGGCGAUUAUUUUGUCCAGGUUUUGUUUAUGUCACGUAUUACCGUAGCGAAACCAAAGACCCACGUCGGAUACAUAGCCUUGGAAAAACCACUCCUUCACAAAGAAGUCAGCAUUUUAAGUCGCAGGAAACCUUGUAAAAGUUGUGAAAUGCACGUUGCAAAGCGUAUUUGGUUACGCUCGCCAAAAUACAAGACACGCCACGCGCGAGGUCGCGAGGAGUCACUCGAGCUGUACUCUAUCCUUUGAUCUGAUUGGCCAACAUCGAAACAAAAGGUUUCACGUCACGGAAAACCGCCGCUCGGGUUCGCAGACGUUAUUUUUCGGAGGGAGAGAGGCGACGACCGAAAAUACGUCUGCGGUUCGCAGGCUAAUGGCUGCGUUGUGUAGGGGGGUUUCAGUGAUGUUGUUUAGGCAUUCUAGAUUUUCAAAGUCUACCACUGUGAACGUGAUUCAGUUUAAGUUUUUGCUGUAAGUGUGUGACUGUUAGCAUGCAAUCAAAGAGAUUUUCAUUCUAGGUCCGUUUGCGGUAUCUAUUUUUUUUCUUAAAUCACCCAACCCCUCCCUCAAAAAGCAUGUGGAGGGCCUUAAAGUUAAGUAUAGAUUUGAGGACUUCUUUCUAAUGGCUUGAAGUCUGUUGGUUUAAAACGUAUUACUUUUAUCAUCAGUAUACAAACCGAAGCUUCGCUUUUAAGUCUUGGCUAAAUCCCCUUUGCGGUUUAAUACAAAAACGUACCUUUAGUUAUUUCCCUGUAAAUAAAUAUCGUUGUUAUUUUUUGUAGUUGUAUAGAUAUUUACAUUACAUUAACAUACUUCUCUUGGUUUUAUCUUUCUUUUCCUUAACUUUGCCGUCACGAGAAAAGGUAAUUUAGCAAUCAUGGAUCGCCUUUACAUUAUUUUUGAGGAUGGCAAUGUCUGGUCUUUUAUUUAUCCUUUCGAACAGUUUGAAUCCUAAAAACCAAUAGUAGUUUUAUUUUCUUUUGUUUUCAUUUAACCUUUCCGGGACAUGUUUGUACCACUCUUCACUGCAUUCAGGUAAUAUCUCAUACACAAUUCCAAGUGACCAUUUGUGCCUGUUUAAUGUGUCCUCCACAAAUUCAAGUGUUCUAGAGGUAUAGAUAACAAUACGCUGUUCUGUUUAAAAUGGACUACAUGCAUUCUUCUAGCUUGUUCCUGUUACAUCUUUUUUGCAUUCUUGCAUGGUGUGUUUUUCCAUCGGUGCUACAAUAAUUAAGACAGAACUUCUUUGAAGCUAACAUUUUUGUAAACGUUUUUACUUCUUUUUCAUAUUUUGCUUUAUUCACUCAGUACUUUCUUUGUUUGACAGGUCUUCGCGAAUGUUACCAAACAGUAUGGGCACCUCAACUAUCAUUUGCUUGAGCUGUUAGUUAAAGUCAACGAGCAGCUGAAAAACAUAGGAGAUGGCCGAACAGACGGGCUACUUCCGUUUCGAGUCCCUUACCUCACGCAUACGCUCAGACGUAGAUUGUAUCUAGGUACACCAAAUGAAUUAUUUCUUUUAAAUAGCCAUAAAUUAUCCAUAAUUAAGACAAAUGUCUCCAAAGUACGAAUUUGUGUUUGAAGGCAAACAAUGAAACGAAUCCCUCAAGUUUGGCUGGUCCCAUUUUGUGAAAAAGUUCGUCAUAACAAAAUCAUUGUUUUCCUAAUUAAAGUAUACUCUGUGGACGUGACACACCCAACAACUCGUUUCAAGAGCGAAUAUAUCUGGACAUUCGCAGGGGGUGCUCUACGAACGUUUGGGUGAUGAACCCUCAGGGGCACCCAACGUCAAUUUUCGGAAAAUAUCUGUUCGGAAGACGAUUAGAGAUCUAGAAUUUUCGGAACGUUUGUUGAAAAUUUUGAAUUUUCGGGAGCCUUUUUUCUGGCUGAAAUUUUCGAAAAGGAAAGUUUUGAUCUCUAUGAUUUUCGGGUCACUAGACUUUAAGCUAGGAAAUCCGAACAGAUGAAAAAUUUUUAGGGAACAAAAAUAUGCCAAUAUCUACCGUUUAAAUACUAAAAUACGUUUAACAAUGCUAUAUUUAAGUGGUUUUGAUCUAUAUUCUCGUUGGGUGCCCCUGAACCCUUAGCUUAUACCAGACCAAAAAAGUUCCUUGUCAGGGUACAGUAAACGUAUCUUUGUUCCUUUCGGUUUCUUCAUCGCUUGAACAGUUUGUAUACAUGAAAUAAUUCAGUUGAAAUCGAUUCCAAAUUGAUUGAUUUCAAAUAUAUUACAAAUAUAUUAAAAUCCAAAAUGGACGCAAACCUUGCACCCUUACAAAACUGAAGUAAGCUAAACUAUACCCAAAAGCAGUGUUCAUAUCUGAAAUUGAAUAUUUCCGUUCUUCAGAGUUUGAUCGUCCUCUUUAUGCACCUCUCCCUGCUUGCAAUACUGAGCCUCAGCAUGGGAGCGACGAGAUUCACAACGGGCUUAAAGGUUAGUUUUAUUUAUAAAGUCACUCUUAUAAUCAGGGACUGCGGAACAAGGUUGAGAGUCGGGGUGUCUAAUCCAAACACGUAAGCACGACCAUACAAGUAGGUCGGAGGCAUUCUUCCCCGAAGAAAAAUUGAGAUUUUGGUGUUCUGAAAUGACUAGAAAUGCGUCCAAAACUGUUUUCCGUUAAUAAUAGUUAUGCAAAAGACUUUUACAUUCCUGCUAUAGCUUGUUAAAGUCAGGAAGCUGUCGCUACUUGAAUGAAAGUAGAUAAAAGUAAUCCAUUCUCAAAAUAUUUAGGAUGGAAUAACCCACGUCUAUGGUUAUAAAAUAGUUUAGACCCCACUGACGAGUUACGCCUCGUUGUUACACCUCGCGGCUUACCCUAAAUGGCUCACACCUACGACCUAGCGUUGUUCAAUUGCAGUUUUCUGAACAUUUCAUAACGUUAUCUUCGUGCCUAACAAAAAUAGCCAUACCAAGAAAACCUAUGAAAAAGAUAAGAAUAAACUAGUUUUUGUAAGUGAAGAACCAAUUAAGCCAGAUGAAAUAUGUUAUUUUUCUUACCUUUCUUACCCUCUCAAAAGGAGUGGGGGUGGAAGGGGCUAAAGCUUCACGCAAACCCCAAGCCCCACCCCUCCACGGUCCCUGAAAAAUUAAUUACAUAUUGAUCAUGUCUUCACUCAUUCCUGAAGGAUGGAAUGAAAGAAGUACUUUAUGUAUUAUUAAGUAUCAAAUGUAUUUAGCUUCAAAUAAAAGGUAACGAAUCGGGGACACUUUAAAUAAGUAACUAAAGAAACAAGUACAUCGUGAUUAAAAUAGGUUGUUUCUCAUCAUUAUAUGUGUUGCACUGGUAAAUGAACGAUACGGGUCAUCGAAACAAACUGAUAAACAUUAGGGCCGUAUUUAUACAUGGAAAAAUAGGACGCGUCCUAAAUGAGACGCAAACUUCCAGUAUAAACAGCACAUUUCAUCUGAAAUAAGGUGCGUCUUAUCUGAGAACAGGUGUUAAGGGCUGUUCUUAGGUAAGACUCGUCUUAGCUAGAGCUAAUAAGACGAGAGAAACUCCGUGUAAAUGACUUUCGCAUCUAGACGCGAACGAAAAGUACGCAUGAGUUGUUUUAAGAUUGAGUGGGAGAAUUUUCGCUUGCCUCGCCGAGGACUGGCAAGGAAAAAACUUGUUUACAUUUUAUAACAACGCUUUUUCGUUUCCCCGAGUUGGUUCCUGCGACUUUUUAUUUCUUCCUUUGCUCUUAUAUUAUUAUGACCACGUCAACAAAUUAAUUGAAAGGGAAAAAGAAUACAGUUUUUCAAGUGCAGAAGAAUAAAUGGUCUUAUGAUAACGCCCUGAUAUGAUAAUUUUAUUUGCAAAUCUGAUGCGCAUAUGAAAGGAAUUAUGACAUUCGAAAAACUAAUAAAAUAGAAAGAUCCAUGCAAUGUUGAGAGUGUUCGUCAAGAAAACUUCUUCCUCUCUCUAAAUUUGAAAGAUAAUACAUAGAUUUAACCAAGGCCAAAAGCACAGCCCUAGAGGGAUCUUUUAAGAAAUGUUUUUUUCGAGUAAUUCAACUUUUGCAGUUAGCAGAAAGCAAAGUAUUCCACCUUUUAAAAUUGGGCCUGAGCCCGCGAUCAAUUGAAAACCAAAAACUAGUCAGCCGAUAACUUUUAAAAAAGUCACCUGAAUGAGUUGUAUACCUGAGCCCGCAAUACAGUCAUGUGUCACUGUUCAGUGGAUACCCUUUUGACAGCUGUCAAUUGACUAUAACAUGGAAGUCCAAUACCAAGUUAAACACAGAUAUAUAUAUCCCUUGGACUCCUAGUAAGUGUACCAUUUCACAUCCGCUAACAUGAAGCGGUCACCGUACAUACGUACGGACGAUUUUGUGAGAGCCAAAAUUUCUUGGAUGCAUAGAUAACCAAAUUUUCUUACCCCUGGUGCUCCGCAGCGCUCGCUUUGCGUUUCGCGCGCGAAAGCUCCGCUAAUACGUGACUCUUUUUUUGUCCAUAAAGUAGCCUUUGUUAAGUCACUCCCGAGGGUUUGAUUACCCCAAUAAGAAAAUCUGUACAAUAAAGUUCGUGCUAGCUGUCUUUACUUUUGUGGAAGUCGUACGUAAAAAUUAAUGGCUAAAAUCUCUCAUUUUUUUUUCUUAAAAUGCAGUUGAACAUAGCAAGUAUAAUAUGUCCAGGAGCCCGCGUGGAAUCUGCCUCAUACUGAACAACAUCGAAUUCCUUGGCGAAGGGAAACGCUGGGGUGCCGAAUUCGACGAAGAAGAGCUGAGAACACUGUUCACUGAGCUUUCUUUCGACGUACAAGUUGCAAGAGACCUCCGUUAUGAUCAGAUGAGAAACUUAACAGCUCAGGUCGCAAAGAGAAAUCACAAGAACCACGACGCGUUUGUGUUGAUCGUCAUGUCUCAUGGUGGAGACAAUGAUGUUAUCUAUGGCGUGGACAACAGGGCCGUAAGGGUCGAAGAUUUAAUCUCAGAGCUCACACAGAGCAACUGCCCAGAUCUUCGUGACAAACCAAAGAUGGUUUUCAUUCAGACCUGUAGAGGUUCUUUAAGAGAAAGAAUCUCGCCCAACAGUGCUAGUGCUGACAGUGCUGAUUCGUUUUCAACAGUGGACUCCACCCUUUCGAGAGGUGUGUUUCCAAAAGAGUUCCACUGGCUGUUGGCCUUUGCAACCACGCCUGGCUACGUUGCGUCGCGAGAUCCAAGUUCUGGUUCCUGGUUCAUUCAGGUUAGUAUGACAUCAAUUUCAGACUGCCUAAAAUCUUAUCCGUUAAUUUUUCCUCAGAAAUGGCUUCCGUCGCACUAGGGGACUCAACCGAGAUGUUUCCAGUUAACCAAUUAUUAUGAACCGGUUUUAGAAAAAUCGAAUGCAGCCGUGUAAUUUGGGUCUUAACUGAGUCUAAUUUUUACCGCUCAGUUACUACGCAAUCCGGACUCCAGCCGGUCCGCCGAAACUUACUGUUACAUUUCCGGUCGAAACGUAAAUGGAACGCUUCAGUCUGGUUGGAAACUUUGUUUCAAUCGAACAAUAUCGUCCCAGUUUCUCUGGGUAAGUUCAACUGAUUUCUGACCAGUCAGUUUGGCAAAAUGGAGGUCACCCUUUAAUUGUUUGCGUCGGAAAACUCUUUUAACUAGGUUAUGGUUUAAUGCGUUUGAAGAAUAUUAGGCCUGGUUAUUCAAAAAAAGAACCCGGCCGCAGCCGUGAUUGUAUAUGGUUCAUUUUAGGGUACAGAUACCUAUUAUAACCCUACACUUGUUCUAAAGAUGAUUUAAAAAAUAAACUGAUAAAGGUCGAUAACUCACUAACGUAAAUUAAACUUUUUCUCUAAAGUAAGUGAACCUAAAUGUGGUUUUCUGUUUAACCGUUAUAUUAGCAAGCAAAAUUUGUUAACUUCUCAUCGCUUUUCGGUUUUAAAUGGAUAUUUCCUUUAUAUUUUAGAUCUCAACGUACUCGGUGAGCAGUGCCCAUGAAGAGCCCGUGACUGUAAAUAUCGAGGGCUAGAAUCGCUAGACAGGCUCAAGAAAAAUCGAAAAUUCUGAUAAUUUGCUAGAAAAACCCGUUUGGGGAACUAUCCUCGGAAAAAACAUAUUUUUAACUUUCAAUAAUCUAUAGUUUUAGAGAAAACGAGGAAAAACGAAAAUAUUACCUAAUUAAUUAAGGCACAAAUUAGAGUAAAAAUAACCUACUUUAUCGCGUCUGUACCAAGGCAAGAUACAAAGCUAGAAAACAGAAAUGUUUUCGUUUAAAAGUAUUCUAUCUUUACUUUCUAUCCAUUGUAUGCUUUAAACCAUAAAUUUGAUUUUGAAUUUUUUACGUUUUUUUUAAAAACUACCAUCAAACGCACUUUUUAAAAUGGGUGAAAACAACCUUAGAGGCAAAAAAAUCAUCUUGGUACUGUGUGAUACCUUGCCUAAAUGUAUACUAGGACCUACUAGGACAAAGUUCAGCUCUUAAUUAACAGAAUAUGAAAUAAAAAGUUUGGGUACUCCCGAUUCGCCUUUACAAAAUAAAAAGUUUCCUGAUCAGCAGUGGCCAAAUGUCGCAAAUUUGCAAAACUCAAAUUUGGAGAGAAAUGUUGCGCCGGCCCGGCGGUUUGUUUUAAUUUAGGGUCAGUAUCUAAUGUUCGGAACAGGGUUCGGAAACAUCACGAAGCAAGAAAACGUUUUUUGAUUAAGUUUAUGUUAAAAGAUCAGAGCAAUUAACCGUUCAACAAACAAGAGAAAUUUAAGAAAGCGACCUCGAGGAAACGACAUGUCUCGUUCCUUUUUCUAACUUCCUUGUAUUUGCAUCCAUCCCGUAUCAUUGUGAAUUCGCCUCUGGUAUAUCUAGAAUAGGAAGAGGCAUUUUCCUUGAAAUUUUAUUUUGAAGUAGGUUUUUUGCGAAAGGGAUACACUUCCAGCUGCACUUCGUGAGAGGAAGUCAUAAACUACUAACAGUGACCAGGACACGCAACGUUUCGAGCAGCUCACAAAUUCACUCAUUUUUCUUCCUUAUGAAAUUUUAUGGAAACGUUUUUCUUUGAACAGGCAAUGCGUUGUUCGCACAUCAUUUGCUUCUCGGUUUAUUUUCUUUUCAGAAAGAGGGGAAACUAACUUUGUAUGAGAGACGCCAGAGUCCGAGCCCGGGGGGCGGGGGUACUCCCUUAUAUAAGGAUUUUUGCGCCCUUUUCGUGACUACCAGUGGCCAACUGUCGCAAAUUUGUAGAGAAAUUUUGUCACCUGACUUCUCUUUGUAGUUUCGGUACGUGGUGUAUUCGAAACAUAGGAGAAGGAUGAAAGCGCCUUUUAAUAAAAAACUAAGUAAAGGAUCUGAAAAAUUUAUUUCCCUGAUUACAAAUAGCUGUGAAGGUUGGUGACACAAUGUGGCAAAUUUGCAUAUGCAUAUUACUAUCCUACAUAAGAACGGGGUUUUAAUAGUGUCAGCAUCACGCAAUAUUUGAGGCUUAAAAAAAACGCAUAACCAAGAGAACGGCUAAUAUUAAAUGUUUUGUCGUAUGUUAUUUUUCAGGUCCCAGUUGUUCAAAACCUGGAUAGCGCUAUCCACCCGAUAAAUCUCUAUCCAGUGGAUUGCGCAAUUGGUUUCCCUAAUACUUAUCCACUGGAUAGUAAUUUAUCCAGUGGAUAGGGCUAUCCAGCUUUUAAACAACUGGGGCCAGGCCAAUAAUUGCGUUCGAGGUACGAGAACGCGACCCCUAAUUUGUGUUGGGUGUUCUGUGCAUUAUUGGGUGUCCUAUGCAAUUAAUAAGGGAGGUUUUUGCGAGAUUGCAUUCGUCGUCGUCGUCGUCGACACACAAGGGAACUUAAGAACCACGACGACGACUUUGUCGACAACGACCAGAAGUGAGUUACAGUGUACUGAGCAAGCGCGACAAGUAAAUUUCGUCGUGCUGGUGUCGUCGACGACGCCAACCAAAGUAGAAUCACGUCGUCCAGCAAUCCACAAGCUUCGGCAGGUAUAAAUCUACUGUUUUAAGCGAUUUUUGAAGUCCUUUGCAUUUCCUUAUCCUCGUAAAUCCAGGCAUCGUUCUUUUUUUCUCCUAACAAGCGAUGUUGAUUGAAAAUUCGACUAAUAAAUUGUUUUUACAGCUGUGGAGACCGAGCGAGCGAUCUCGUAAGUGAUAAAUAUAUUUGUACGUAUUUAGGUAAGGCAAAUCAUAUAUCUUUACUAUAGAGGAAAUAAACUUUAUAUGGAAAACAGCUAUCACAUCUGAAUGUCUCUUUUUCCAAAUCUAAACUCUGACAGACACUCGGACUCGGUUAUCUCAUUCAGGUUGGAAGUUGAAUAAUCCUCUUACGGAAAGCAGGUGUUUUUCCACUCAAAAAGGUCAGACAACACAAAAAAUUCUUCAUCGUCAAUGAAAUUAGACGUACGGCUUAAAAAAUAAGAUCUUGCAUUAUUUUAAAAGACGGCAUUGCAAAAAACUUUGUUGCGAGCGAACAUCACAGUUUUACAUUUGCGUUUACAUUCAGCGUCGUCGUCGUCGACCUACCGACUGACUGCAUCUUAAGUUUCCUUUUUCCCGCCGAAACUUACGUUCUCGUUCCAGUCUUUUCCCAAUCAACAGACUUCGUCGUCGUGAACUUCGUCAUGGUUCCUAAGUUCCCUACAUUUGCCUCGCUUUGAGGCGCUUGCUUCCGUUUUGCCUCACUUUGUCGCGCUAACUCACCCUGUGAUUUGUGUGUUGUCGGCGUUCAUCUUUCAAACGUUUGCUGUGGUCUGCUAUUCUGUCUUCGUAAAUCGUUUAGGUAGUGUGCUGAAUUUUCGUAAAGCGUACAUAUUUAAGAGUUUGCUGAAGGUCUACUAUCCAUUUGUGUUUAUGAAUCUUCCAAAGCAUUCAUCUUUCAAAAGUGUGCUGAAAGUUUACACCCUGAGUAAAAUUUUACUUUGGAUUAAGCUUUCAUAUUUGUCUUUGGAAAUGCGUGGUACUCCUGGUGCAUGCAUCAAACCGGGUUGUUUAGCUCGGCGUCCGUUGUGCCACAAAGUAAAUUUACCGGCGCGUUGUGAAGCUCAGCGUCAGUUGUGCCACAAAGCAAAUCUGUGCCACAGAGUAAAUCUACCGAGUUGUGUAGCUCGGCGGCCGUUAUUCCACGAAGUAAAUCUACCGAGAUGUGAAGCUCGGCGGCAACAUGACGUGUGAUAUUUUCGGCACUGGACAAACGAACAUUUUAGCUAGGCAGGUGUAAAAGUCGGACCGGAUCAACUCGGACCGCCAGUCCGGGUCGGAUCAACUCGGAUCGACUCGGGCCGAAUAAAAAAAUAAAAAUAAAAUAAAACUGGACUCGGAUCAACUCGGAUCAUAAAAAAAUCAACUCGGAUCAUAAAAAUAAAAAUAAAAUCAGUCGGCGUCACUUACCUUUUACCCGUCAUUUUGUCUUUUUUCUCACGAACUGGUGGUUGCGUAAAUUAUUAUUAUUUAUUUAUUUUUAUUAAUUUUAAUGAUACACUAGUGAGCAGCACACAUACACUUCCAGUGAACAUUUUCAUCUUGGAAGGAGGAGAAACCAUGCUCGCCCGGGACAAAGGAAAUUUUCAUGCCCCGGGCGAGAAUCGAACUAGCGGUCCGGCUUCAUUUUGCCAACAAGUUGAUGAUUGGACGCUCUUAAAAAUAACUGAGAAAAUUAUCCAAAGAAAUGUUUUUUUCACAAAAGAGAAAGAAACUCGGGUUAAACGCUGAUCGGCUUUCAAACAACUGCGCCCAGUAGAACAUCUAUUGCGCCAGUAAAGCAAAAAGUUCUUUUUACACGCCCGAAGCACUCUGGCCUUUGUCUCCUCAAAUAACACGCACUUGAGACUAACCAUACGAUAUCACGCUGACCAUUAGCCUUCAAAACCUUUUCAUUAUGAUACACAGUUUAAAUCGAGGUUUCGCUGUACGCAACCCUUACGUUCAAAAUAUGCCAUAAUCAUAGUUAUCUAUCGCAAGAACCAUCCACCCUUCCCCCUCAACUGCUACCUCUACGCCUAGCAAACAUAUCGAAAGCACUCUUCUAAGCUCCGAUUACUCCUAGUUGUACAUUUUAAAUUUAAAGUUGUUCAGAAAUUGUUGGAGAAUGCAUUCUCCAACAAUUCUCCCAUAUGUGGCAGUACCCUACCCCCACGGGGCAGUUAUGCAGGCUACUAACUGGUUGAAAACCGGUCUAAAAGGGUGGAUUUGGUCAAAAACGCAGGUUUUUUUUGCUACUAAAAUUGGCCGUCAAAAAAGAGUUAAUGGGGCUAUGCCAAGCUAUUUGCUACAUCUUUUUAAAACGCUAAUAUGGUCUUCGCAUCAAUUAAGUUCUAGCUCUAGACUGCUUGCAGUCCCUCUUUUCUUUAAAAAUCCGUUAAUUUCUUAUCUUAGCUAGCGCGAUUACAAACCACUUGAAACGGAACCGCCAUUAUACUUCGGCGCCAGGUCAUCCGAAUUACUGGAAUUAUGCGAAUGACUAGCCGUUUGCAAGGCAAAGACAGAACCUUCUUCCUUGGUUCCCGAGGCUCUUUAGGUCAUUUUCAGUUUGGCCAGUGCAUCAUUCAAGCCGGUCUGUUGCAAUGUCUUUUUUUUUCCUUUUUGCUAAGCACGAACUGUGCUAUGCAUCAGCAUACUCGGUAUAUUGCAGACUAACGCAGUAGUGCUAUCCUUAUCUAAGUCUAGUUCCUAUCAUCGUUAAGUUCGAAAGCCCAUUUUAAGGAUUCCUUUACAGCAAAAAAAGGGCUAUUCAGAGUAAGCAAGCCUGCCUGUACGUUCUCAGAAUUUUUGUCGUUCUAAGAAAAGAAGAUUCAAUAAUUAAGCUCUGGCGAAGGAUGUUACUAAAACGGAGAACGGGGAACAAGCACAGGGAACGGGAAAUUAGACAAAGCAGAAAUGAAGUUACUAAUAGGGCUUGGGUUCAAGUUAGGGUUUGUUCCCAUUUUUCAUUUUCCUGUUCGCCGUGCUUGUUCCCCGCUCCCCGUUCUCCGUUUCCAGUUCCUCGUUUUAGUAACAUCUCCUGGUGAGCCUGAACCCGCAAUUUAUGAUUGUCAUGAUAGUCUUUUUAUCUGGCCUGGGAUCUAACUCGCGGCUCCUGCAGAAUAGUGCUCUACAAACUGAGACCCAGUUCGCACGUAUCCGGCGUUUCUGCAUUUGUUUGAAAAAGGAAAUUUUUUUCUCAAAAUCUGCCUUCCGCCCACACGUAUCCGAUGGAAAUAAACACCGAAAGCACAACUUUUCAUCAACGCUCUCCAAAGUGCAAAUUAAUUACUGCUGUUUAUACCGUCCUAACGUGGAAGAGGUAAAAACGGAAAUUUUGGAAAACGGUGAAGUAAUAAGUACUUUAUCUCGCACUGGAUAACAGUAUUCUACUGCCACUUGGCCAUGUUUUUAGGACUAGUAGCUCAUCUUAUGUCUCUUUUUUUCAUUUAUUUCAUAAAGGUUUAAAUGCUAAACCUUAUUAUGUCAGAAGAGGUGACUUAACAUAAACAGAAAGUUAGAGCACUGUUUUUCCAAGUCUUGUCCAUUAUCCAUUUUUCAUCCACAGGUCCUAGUAAAGACAAUCAGAAAACUGCACAAUCGCGUGCACCUUGUCGACAUUUUGACAGAGGUUACCAAUCUUGUGGUAAAAAGGAAAGGCGAGAUAAUUCAAGUCCCAGCCCCAACUCACACACUGACGGCCGAACUGUAUCUGUAA